AUGGCAUCCGCAGUUGCGGAUUUGGAGGCUGGCCUCCAGGCUAUGCUCAACCUAAAGCCGCCAGGCGUAUCCGGAUCUCGCAUCACCAGUCUGACCUCGCUCUGCGUUUCCAACAUCCAGUCCGAAUCCGUCCUUAUCCAAAAGAUCUAUACACACUUCAAAAAGGCACCAGGAACACACAAGUUGGGGGUACUCUACGUCGUAGACUCUGUAACCCGGAAAUGGCUCGAGCAAGCCAAGGCCCAGGCACAGGCAAUAAACAGCUCUGCGCCGGAUGGAACUUAUGCCGCUGGCGUCAACCGAGUGACAGAACUCAUGCCCGUUUUGAUGAAUGACAUCGUGCAAACCGCCCCCGAAGAACAAAAGGAAAAGAUUAAGAAACUCCUUGACAUCUGGGAGAAGGGCCAAACAUUCCCUACACCAAUGCUUGAAUCCUUUAGAGAGAAGCUCAGCGCACCAACACAGAAUCAAUCGACAACUCCCCCUGGUAGCCCGCCUUCCAACAUGCUGAGCUCGCAUCGAGGCAGCGCUUCUGCUACUCCCGCUCCUUCAGCUCCCGCUGCUCCUCCUGCUCCCAGCGGUUCAUCUAUUCUAGAGGCUCUCGCUAAUAUGGCUCGUCAAACCACGAGCGCUCCUCCGACUAACCCUCUGCCGGCUCCUACAGCAUCGUAUAGCAUGCCUCCUCAUGUGCCACCUCAGCCAGUAGCGCCUGUCAUGCCGCCUGUGAAUGUGCCAUCCCUCCCCUUUGGCCUUCCACAUAUGGCAAACCAAAAUGGAUAUGCAGGUUCUCCUGUAAACAACCCGAGUAAUCCACCUAACCCGAUCAACGGGGUAUUGCCUGGUGCCGCGGCCCCUGGUCUCGGACUUGAUCCUAACACACAGCAGCAGCUCAUGAUGAUCAAGGCGCUUGCUGACCAGGGUAUUCCAUUUGAUAAAAUCCCCGCUCUGAUCCAGAGCUUGACUGGGAUGCCCGUGCCUGGCGCUGCCCCUCCAGCUCAGCAGCCUCUUCCCUAUGCGCAGAACUCUAUUAUUCCUGGUCAGCCUGCAUGGGGUGGUCCUUCGGGGAAACCAGAUGAUUCACGUAUGUCAGGCUACGGCCAUACAAGAUCUCCUACCGGAUACCAUGGAAGAUCCCGUUCGCGAUCUCCUGAUCGUGGCUGGGGUGCCCGUGGCUCGCCCCGAAAUGGGCGUGAUCGCCCAGACUAUAGUCGUGAUUCCCCUAACCGUGGCCGUCACGAUGACCGCCGUGGAGGUGACUAUCGCCAGCGUAGCCCUCACGGACACCGUGGUCGAAGUGAAACCCCGCUUCACGAACAAGGUCCAGCCGAUAAAUGGGUUGAAUAUGAUCAAGACCUUCCAUCUGGACACAUCAAGGUCUUUAGCCGAACACUGUUUGUCGGCGGAGUAACCUGCUCUGAGAGUGAAUUGCGCGCCAUAUUUGGUCGUUUUGGUACUGUGCAAACCUGCAUUGUCAACAAAGACAAGCGACAUGCAUUUGUCAAGAUGUUGAGCCGAGAAGACGCUGUCAAGGCCAAGAAGGGCACGGAGGAUUCUCGCAACCUGGAAGUACCUCUUCGUACUCGCUGGGGCGUUGGCUUUGGUCCUCGAGACUGCAGUGACUACCAAACGGGUGUUAGCAUUAUCCCUAUCCACAAGCUGACGGAAGCCGAUCGCAAGUGGAUGUUGACAGCGCCCUAUGGUGGCAGCGGUGGACAACCCAUUGAGUCUGGUCUUUCGGUGGAGGAGCCCGAUAUCGAGAUUGGAGCCGGAGUAUCAUCCAAGGCCAUCAGCCGACGCAUGCAGACGGACAAGGGCGGUAGCAACGGACCUAAGUCAACUCGCAACCGGGAAGAGGACCUCUCCCGAUGGCGCCGAAGCCGAGAUAACGGCAGCGCCAACGGCCAAUACCACCGCCAGGACGAUCACCGUGAUCUCCCCCAGGAAGGGCAGGGCGUCUCUUCCACGUUCCCCUUUGGCAUUGGCACACUGCCCAACGGCAUGCCCAACUUCCCUGCUGGUUUCUCAUUCCCCGAUCCCACCAACUGA